CUUGUCCUUGCGGAAGAGCACGGAUGGGGGUGUUGUGCUCUUGCCUAAGGACAAGGAGUAAAAGUGGAUCCGGGCCCACCUCCGUGCUCUUAUUUAAGAGCAUGGAUGGGGAUGCUCUAACGUGGAUUAUAUUGUCCUAUCUUAUGUGUUUGUGUAUUUUUUUAAUAGUUUCAUAAUAUAAUAAUGAUAUCAAAGAAGGAGCUUGUUUUUGUGGAUAAGAAAAAUACUACACAAAAAUUGAAUCUUUAGACUUUCUAUUUGCAUUCUCAAGAGAUAGAGAGAUGAAGUGUUGGAAUUAUGAUAAUGUAUCAUGGUUAGUGCUACAAAUUUAAAUAAUAUGUUGAGUGAGUAUUUGAAUAAUCAUUCACCAAUUUACAAUUACAAGCAUAUUUAAAAGCAUUCUCUGUGACUUUAGAUCUCUCUGUUUGAAACCAUGUAUGGAGGUGCUGCUGCCGUCGAAGUUCUUCUCCAAAACCUGAUUAACGUUUUGAAGGAAGAGUAUUUUCUACUGCAAGGCCUCGAUGGAGAAGCCCAGCUGCUUCAGACGACUUUGGGCAUGAUUAAAGAUUACUUGAACGAUGCUGAGAAGAAAUUCAUAACCCAAGAUGCUGUCAAAUUCUGGUUGAGGAAGCUUGAAGCUUGAAGCUCUUGCUUUCGAUGCUGAUAAUGUCUUGGAUGAACUUAGCUAUACUCUUCUCCAAAAACAAGUGAAGAAAAUGAAGACACCCAAGGACAAGGAUAGGGCACUAUCAUGCUUCUCAUCAUGCAAAAGCAUUUCGCAUCGGCGUAAUAUGGCUCACACUAUAAAAAAAAAAAUCAAUGCGAAGUUUGAGUCUUUGAACAAAAAGGCAACAGAUCUUGGCCUUCAAAGUGCACUUCAGAAUGCACCUGCUGCUACUGCUGAAACUUCCAUUGAGACUGAUUCGAUCAGCCGUGAUCCAAUCUUUAUUGGAAGAGAUGAUGAUGUGCCCAAACUAGUUGACAUGCUCACUCAUAUCCCCCAGGAUCGGCCCUUCUCCAUCGCUGCUCUUGUCGGAAUGGGGGUAUUGGGAAGACUACACUGACCAAGAAAGUCUUCAAUCAUGAAAGCAUAAAGGCUCGAUUCAGAUCACUUAUUUGGGUUCAUGUUUCUCAAACUUUUGAUCCAAUCAGUCUUUUCAACAAAAUUCAUUCAACAUUGACUUCAAAUACUAGUGUUAGAGUUGAGAUUAAGCAAGUUAUACUGGAAAAGCUUCAAGAAGCUCUCAAGGCUAAAACUUAUCUUCUUGUUCUUGAUGAUGUCUGGAACGAAGAUGAUUUAAAAUGGAAAGACUUUAUGACUUCCAUGGAGGGGGUUACUUCUACAAAGGGAAAUGGCAUUAUCAUCACUACCCGGAGAGAAAACGUUGCUUCAAUUGCUGAGCCAUUUUAUAUUCAUAGUUUAAAAGGCUUAUCAGAUUAUGAUUGUUGGUCCAUUAUCAAAUCAAAUGUUAGUGUUGGAAAUGGAGAAGUUCCAUCAAGAUCUGAGAAUAUUGGAAGAGAGAUUGCAACAAGAUGCCAGGGUUUGCCCUUAGCUGCCAAUGUAGUUGGAGGUGUGCUUGGCUGCUGCAAGUCCGAACAAGAGUGGCGUUCGAUCAAAGAAAACUGGCUCUCGGAUGAUGAAGGAGGUGAAAAUAUCACAAAAAUAUUGAAAUUGAGUUUUGAUUAUUUGCCUUCACCGUCACUCAAGAAGUGUUUUGCGUACUGUUCGACUUUCCCCAAAGGUUGGGAAAUCGAAAAGGAGAAGUUGGUUGAACUAUGGAUGGGAGAAGGGUUUCUUCAACCAAGCCAAAGACAUGAUAUGGAGUUCAUGGGCAACAAGUUUUAUAACAUGCUUCUACAUAACUCUUUGUUGCAAGUUACAAGAGAAGAUACUCGUGGAAGGGAAUAUUUUGUGAUGCAUGAUCUCGUGCAUGAUCUUGCAUCUUCUAUUUUGUCUAAUAAUACAGAUGGCAACACCCCAGUUCGAUACAUGUUUAUCGAAAAAGAAUCAAGCCAUAUUGAGGAACAAGUGGCCAAGCAUUUGCGAUCAUUACACUUGGAAGGUGAAACGUCUGGUACCACGUUUUCACACUUCAAAAGUCUGCACAAUCUGACUCUCGUUGGUAAAAGCUAUAAAGAGUUGCCCGAUUCAGUUAGGGACUUGAUACAUUUGAGAAAUCUUAAUAUAUCAAGCACAAGCAUUAAUAGCUUGCCGGCGUGGAUUGGUGAACUCCAUCACUUGCAAACAUUUAGAGCAGAAUCAUGGGAAUUAAAGAAAUUGCCAAGUACAUUGAAGUACUUGAUUAACUUAAGACAUCUUCAUCUACUGUGGAGAACAAAGUUACCUGCGAAAAUUGGGAAAUUAACUAGUCUCCAAACACUACAAUUCUUUGAAGUAGGCAUAGAGAAGGGCUACCAAAUUGAAGAGCUUGAAUGUUUGAAGAAUCUCAAAGGGUCACUAUGGAUUUGGAAUCUCAAUAGGGUGAGUGACAAGGAAGAGGCUAUGAAAGCAAAUCUGUGGCAGAAAUCAAACUUGUCUAAAUUGGUGUUAGAAUGGAAUGAGGAUAGUGAUGCCGACACAAAUUAUGAGAGUGUGUUGGACGGCCUUCAACCGCAUGCAAAUCUGAAGGUGUUGGAGUUUGUAGGAUACAAAGGAAAAACAUUUCCAACAUGGUGUAAGGAGAUGGCAGUGUGGGAUAGGCCUCAAGGGUCUUGGGUACCACUUGAUAACUUGAUUGAGAUAUCACUUAAGAGUUGCUUAGAGUGUGAGGAAAUCCCAAUGUUGGAUCACUUGCCUAAUCUCAAAUCUCUUUCUUUGACUCAAUUGAAUAAGGUGAGUUCCAUAAAUUUCUCAUUGAAAAUUUUAAAAUCUCUCCAUAUAUACGACUUAGAGAGAUUACAAUAUCUGCCAGAAUCAUUAUUUUGUAACAAUCAAAGUCUCUCAUAUUUAUGGAUUGAAAAGUGCCCUGUGUUGAGUGAAUUACCAGAUGGGCUGGACACCCUAAGUUCUCUAGAAAAAUUGACUAUCUGUGACUGUGCAAAUCUGAAAUGGAUCAAGAAUCCAAGUCAUGGAGCAAAACAAUAUCAAGGAAUCCUCCAUGAACUGAGAAUUGAAGGGUGCGAAAAGCUGAUGGAAUUUCCACAUCAAAUUUUGGAGUCGUCCACAACCACAAUCAAGAUAGUCAUAUUGGUAGGAUUAAGGAGCCUAAUGAAUCUACCGAUGCUAAUUGACUGCCUCGCCAAAUCAUCUCAAUGCCUUGAAGUAUUGACAAUCACAGGUGUUCCUAAAUUCAUGGCUAGUGGUUUUAUUGAGAGUUGGGAUUUAGGCAGGUUGAAGGAAUUAAAGAUAGAUGUGAGUGUGGAGUGGUCAAGGGGGAUUAGUGUUGCCAUUGGAGAGACUGUGGAAGGGAUGCUGCAAAGAUGUGGAAACUCACUUAAGAAGUUAGAUUUGAAGGGGGUGGAAAACUGGGAGUGGAUGCCCCAAUCAUUUCAUCACCUCACUGCUCUUUCUGAGUUGAAUUUAGAGAAGAUAGAGGUGCAAGAAUUGCCACAAUGCUUUGGGAACCUCUCAUCCCUAAGGGUGUUAAGUCUAGUUGGUUGCAAGAAGUUGAGGUGUCUGCCCUCUUUGGAUGGACUGAACCGCCUCACUGAGUUAGAUUGGAUAGAAAUUAAAGACUGUCCCGAACUAUGUAUUGAUUCAGAGUGGCUCAACCAUCCCAUUCUAGGAAUCGUCGUUGAUGGCAAGUGCAUUGAUGUUGUAGCAAGUAAAGUGCAGAGUAUUGAAGUGUAGAGAUUCAGGUAUUGAACCCAGGCAGCUAAAGUUUAUGCUGAAGCAAAUAAGAGAGAUGAAGAGAGUGCAGCUCAAUGUUAUUAUGUUAGUUUCCAUGCUUUUAUCUUGUGUCCUUGUUGUACUUAGCCACGCAAUGCGUGGGACAUCGUGCUCUGUCUAGAGCUUCUUCCGCGAGCUGUUGUAGCAGAUUCAUGAAAUUCUGAAUUAAAUGAGGAAAAGAGGUGGUUUUUGGCAUUCCAAACUCCACACAAUAGAGAGCCAACGACCAGGAAUUUAUAAAAAGGAGAAAAGGGAGAAGAAGAUCAAGCAUACAAACUCCAUCAUUUCAGAGACAAACUACAACUGACAAUUGAAGAACAUCAUGAAUCUUCCAGUUUAGCAUGUGUGGCUAGUUCUUGUUGGUUUCUUCUAGCAUUAGUAGAAUGAAGCAAUGGGAUGACUCUCUAUUUGCAAAGUUGCAACUCUAUAUCUUAAAUCCUAAUAUAUCUUUCAGUUAUAUAGGCAUGUAUUGGUGUAAUUUGGCCCCAUUCUUGUUGUUUGGAGAUACGUUUUAACUGCUUCUUUCAAGUUUCAAUCACAUAAGGAGGAGGUUUUCCAUUUCUUAAUCCUUUGGUUUUGUGCAUGUUAGAUGUUUUUGAACUUACAAAUGUACUCUUUUUCCUCUGCAAGUAGGGAGCAGUGGUGAAAGUGGAGUCCGGAUGAAGUCGGAAACCAAAAGCAAAGUCAAGAGACAUUCCACGUGGACUAGCGGAUUUAUCACAAUAUUCCACACACACAUGUAGGACGUCGUGCUCUGUCCAGAACAUCUUCGUCAAGCCAUUGUACCAGAUUUAUGAAUUUCAGAUUUAAAUGAAGAAAAGAGGAAGUUUUUGGCAUUCCAUACUCCACAAAAUACAGAGAAAACGACCAAGAAUAUAAAGGAGAAGAGGGAGAAGAAGAUCAAGCAUCCAAACUACAACUGACAAUUGGAAACAUCAUGAACCUUAGGGCAUGCUUGGUAUGAUGGAAUGGAAUAAGGGUGGAAUGGAAUGGAGGUUGGAAUGGAAUGAAGAUAGGAAUGAGAUGUCAAUUUCCUUGGAUUUCCUUUGCAUUUUCAUCCAUUCACUCCUUCAUUCCAUCACACCAAGCAAAUGAAUAGAAUGGAAGUAAGAAUCACAUUCCAUUCCACCAUUCCAUUCCAUCAUACCAAGAAUGGUUUGGUUUUCAUUACUAUUGGUUGAUUUAUCUUAGCAUGCAUAGCUGGUUCUUCUUGGUUGCCCCUAGAUUUAGUAGGAUGAAAUUGAUAGAAUAAAUUGCUAAAAUUUUGUAUUUAAUCUAUUGCUUUUGUUGUCAUGUGUGGUAUGGAUUGGUUAUAUACUA